AUGGUGAGAGGAGAUUUGGCAACCACAGCAGCAGUAAGUGACCGAAGCUCUUCUCACCUCCGCCUGCUUACAAACCGUUUCCAGAACGCCGGAGGUAUGGGCAACUUCGUAUCUUUCCGAUCACCACAGAACGAUAGCCGUCCCGAAAGCGAUAGCGGCAACAGACACGACGUGGGAACACAAGCGGUAGACAGGCUGAUGGCAGCUAGAAACAGAACGGACAUCGCUGUCACUAUCGACCGUCCAUUCGAUGAGCAUGAACGACUGCUACAGGAGCAGCUGAAACAACAAAACGACAAGUCUCAGAAGUUACUUUUGGAGAACAAGAGAAUCCACGAGGUAUACAAGAAGGUGUGCGACGAGCGUCACGAGCUUCGAGAACAUAAGAAGAUCUCUGGAGAGCGGAUCAAAGACCUCCAUCAGAAUCUACAAAUCCUCGAAGAUGAAAGGUGCUACACUACCAGCAGAUACAACUAUCUCGUUAAGAAGGUUGUUCUACCGUAUGCGCAGUACCGGAAUCUUCAGUGGAACGAACAAACCGGAGAGACGAUCGACAUCGUCGUGGACCCUCUAGUCGCAGAUGCUCUAGAGGCUGAUAGCCUGCGUGAACAAAAGAGUGCAUUGCAGAGAGAGCUGCUUGCCGGAGUCGAAAAGGGAGAAGCGAUGACUGACGAGUACUUCGCGCAAGAAUACCGCAACCUCGCCGCUCUUGUCAAAACCCUGAGUCGUGGCAUUCGUCUCGAACCCUAUGUUAAUGUGAUUGAAUCUCUGGACUCUGGCAUCUUACUGGGAAACGUCGCAAAAGGAGAGUGGACGAGUCGUAUCCAGAAGAAAUAUAUGAUUGAAGCAUGGACUUGGUCAGUCUUGCUCGAUCUUGUCUUUCGAGAUCCUUUCGUUAUGUUUGGGACCACGACUGAAACAUUAAGGAGUCUCUGGUCAGUAUUGUUCGAUAGACCUCCCGACCAAGACUGGCCGGCUCCGUCCGUACUCUGCGAGACAUGGCGUUGCACCACGAUGGAGAGGCUGGUGGGUGGUAUUGUUGAUCCGAAGAUCAUCACACAGCGAAUGACGAAGGAGAAGUACCAACCCUUGGAGCAGAGUUUGAUAAAUGCUCGAGACAAUGUCGUCGAAGUCAUGAACAUAGCCCUGGCAGCGGUUUCCUCCCAGAUUGAUGUCUCUGAGCUCCAUCAGAUCGUGGACAAGGCCUUUGCGUUGACUAUGCACAUGUCGUUCCAGCGCGCCCGCUUUCAAAUUACCUACCCCAAACAUGGAGACGACUUCAACCCACAGUCGAUGAAGUCCAUCCCGGACUCCGAUGGAGAAGAAUUAAACAAAGGAAUUGUCGCUUUGGUCGUCAAUCCGGGCCUGACCAAAUGGGGCGAUGCGCACGGCAAGAACCUCGACCACCGUUACGACAUCGUCGCAUCUCUAGUCCAACUCGAAGCAGUCGAUGAGAAGCGUGUGGACGCAGCAUACGAUUAA